AAAAGCCAAUUCUGAAGCCCCAGGCAGCAGGCUUUGAGAGUUAAUGUCUGCCAGUAGCAUUAAGGAUUGAGCCUCCAGUCUGACUAAAUGGGAGGUGGAGUCGGGCUUUAAAAGAUAACCAGAUAACAACGAAACUCAACGCCCCGCGAUUGAGAAAUGAUUGCGCAGAACUGCCGGGCAGUUGCCCUGAUAUCAAAAGCAGGUCAAUACAGAAGAAACGUCAACAAACGCGGAAAAGCAUGAAUCGCUGUAUUGUCAACAACACCAGAGAAAUAGUCAAUUCGUGAAAACCCGAGGGGCACCUGCGGCGUCGGGUUUGGGGGUGGGGUGGUGGAGGUGUCAUCUGAAAGACUAUUUAUCUGUUUGGAGCCUGACCACGUCAGUGUUUGAGGAGUAUUUGGAUUUGUGUUGAGAGUGGGUGGGGAUUCACUCAGCAGCUGGCCACCGUUCAAACAUAUACCCAGUGACUGGUUCGAAGUGAAACGACAGGAGCUGUGCCGGAAGGAAGUUCUCCAAGGCGGCGAGACGCACAGACGUUGCCGGUAAACGGGAGGCUGCGAUAUGGCUGGAGAUGGGACGCUGGCCUCCCGGUACCGGGGCUCAGUCUGUGCACCCACUGGCGUGCUGGGACUCGGUGGACUGUGAGCGCUUUCCCCCGUUGCCUCCCUGAAAUGAAGGGCAGCCGCCGCCUGCUGUAGCGUUUUUCAGGGGCCGGACUGACGCAGUGGGAAGUUGGUGGUGGGCAAUGUGUGACCGCUCCAUGUUGUUGUGGAUGGCCAGUGUGCGGCCGGCUCUGCUGCUGCUGCUGGCCCCCUUCAGCGGCGUUUACUGCCUUGUGGACUCCAACAGCUCGACCCCAGCACUUUACUACGUGACGAUCGGAGACGGCACCUCCACUGAAUUUGAGUUUCCUGAAAACACCAAAGGCAUCAUUGUGGUUUCCAGUCGCUACGGGAGCGCCGUGGAAAGGGAUGGUAGUAAACUGCUCGUUCAGUCUCUGGAUCCGGAUGUCCUCGCCAUCAUUAACGUCAGCGACGCCGAAACUAUAGGAUUUGUGAAAAGUUAUAUUGUCAGCAUCAAAUCCGGUCUGGCUGGGACUGCACCUCUGUUAAUCCGCCUUGUGGAUGUCACCAGGGUUGAGCCAUUCACUGUGGAAGAACGAACAGAUUAUACUAUUAAAGUGUCUCCCAGUGAUGAUGAUCUAAGUUCUACUGGUCUGGCGCACUUUUCUCAGAACCCUGUCCUUUAUUUCCUCCUGCCGCUAGUUUUUAUAAAUAAGUGUGCGUUUGGUUGCAAAGUGGAGUUAGCAGUCCUGCGAGGUCUUCUCACACAGCCACAUCCGGUCAUUCUGGGGGUGAUCGGGCAGUUUCUGUUGAUGCCAUUGUAUGGAUAUACUUUGUCUAAGGUCUUUUCCCUUCCCAAAGCCCUUUCCCUUGGGCUCAUAAUAACUUGCUCUACCCCGGGAGGAGGUGGAGGUUACCUCUACAGUUUGCUUCUAGGAGGGGACGUGACCCUUGCCAUCUCCAUGACCUUAAUCUCGACUGUAGUCGCGACUGGUAUGAUGCCACUUUCAUCCACCAUAUAUACCCAUAUUCUCAAUGUUCAUGAAACACUGCAUGUCCCAUUUACUAAGAUUCUUGUUACGUUGCUGUUUAUAGCUAUUCCCAUUUCAACUGGAAUGCUGAUAAAAUAUAAAUUGCCACGGCUCAGCAAGUUCUUACUUUUGCUUAUUCGACCCCUCAGUUUCAUAUUAAUCAUUGGAGGACUCUUCAUGGCUUACCAGAUGGGAGAAGCCAUACUUUACAAUGUUCGUAAGGAGAUAAUUGUAGCUGGAGUUGCUGUACCUGUGUUUGGAUUGCUUAUUGGAUAUCUGAUGGCAUAUUGCUUAAAAUUACCUGUUCCUUUGUGUAAAACAGUCAGUAUAGAGAUUGGAGUUCAAAAUAGCCUGCUAGCCCUCGCAGUUCUCCAGUUGUCCUUCCGUCGAAUCGAAGCAGACUUUGCCUCGCAGGCCCCGUUUAUAGUGGCUUUGAGUAGCACUUCAGAAAUGCUGCUUCUUGUGAUCUUUCAUGUUCUCUACAAAAACCUCAAGCCAAAUCCGGUCUCGGAAGGAUUUAAAUCCUGAUUUGAGUUUGCUCAAAAGAAAUGAAUUUCCUGCACUGCAAAAUGUUUGAAUAUUUUUAUAUUGAGCAAUUUUCUAAAACGAGUGUAUGGCUACUGCAGAUAUGUUUACAUGGUCUUUUGAAAUGAGCCACUGGCUUGCUUUUCUGCUGAGCGUGAAUGCACUGCAUUUCAAUUGCUGAAUGGCUAGUGCAGUAACAAAACAUACAGCCUUUGCUUUGCAUCUAGUAUUGGAUUUCAGUGGAAUUGGCAACUGUGUGACUUCAUUUCUACGAGAAACUUAUUUUAUCUUAAAUUUUAUUGGUGCAAAUGAUUUUUUGAUAGUUUGUGCCAUCUGCAAUAAGAGUUGUUGCCUUUUUUCAUUAUUUUCAGGUGUCUAAUAUCUGUUGAAGAGGGGAGUAUUCCACCAUCUUGCUCUAAAGAGGCGUCAAUGUAUUUCAAUAUUUCUUAGUUGAAACUGUGUUUAAAGCUUUGAUUGCUCUUUAAGACACAUUCUCUUAAUCAGUCUUGUACAGAAAUACUCCUUUACGUGGCAAUAUGUAUUCACUAAAUAAACUAGAUUGGUGGUUCUGA